CAAUUUUCCCUAUAACAACUAUUUAUCAUUUAUCAUCAUCCAAACCCAAGAAAAACCUGGACAUCUUCGAAAAUCAGUGAUACCCCAUGUCUCUCUCCAUAAGAACACCUGCUUUUCUUCCUCUCCCCAAUCUCAGUCACCCUCUAAAACUCCCAUCAAAUCCUCUCUUUCUCACUUUCCACUCUCAAACCCACAAUCUUUUGUGUUUCAGCAAAGGGGGCAACCCAAAUAAACCCAACAAAAUCAGUGAUGCAGACCUAGCAUCAGAUUUUGCUUCAGAAGUCAACAAGCUAAACACUCAGUCAGAGGAGAGAGAAAAUGCAAUGAUGAGGAGCAAACAGCUGCUUUUCUCUGACCUCUGCAAUUACCUUCAGAUGAACCCAGAAGAUGUCAGGAACAAAUGGAGGAGUUUGAGCCCGGAUGAAAAAUUGGGUUUGGUUAAAGGGUUUGUUUCUGAUUGGGGUUUGAAUUUUCAUCCCUUGUCACCGAAAUCUGUUCAGGAUUUGGUUGAGGAAUUUGUGGUCAAGGAUACUAAGGAGAAAGAAAACCCAGAAAUUCGUCAGAAAGAUGAAGAUGUUAAAUCUAGUUCUGAUGUGUUUCUUCCUACUUUGAAGAGAUUAAUCAUGGGUUUUUCCCCAAAUAAUUAAUACGUAGUACUUCGUACUACUAGUUAAUUUUUGGAGGAGUCAACAGAGCCACAUAUUAACGGCGUAGACAGUAUUUGAUCCCAGAUUUUCGAGUACCACCCCAAAGAAUUUAAUCGAGUUGAAGAAAUUGUUUGAUUUAAAUUACUGGGAAUCACAAAUUUCGGUUCUUUAAUUUUAAAGUUUUUUCUUACAUGUGUAAGAUUUUUAUGUGGAUUUAUUGAAUAUGUUGAUAAACAAUGCUUCACUA